AUGGCGCUUCGGGCUGAACCGCGAUCCGCGAAAAGAGAUCGCGUCAAGCAUUCUUACCUCCCGCCGAUCAAUGUCACACGCGCGGCGCGCAAUGACGAGUCUAGAGUCACAGGCGGCGCGGCAACCGCGGCUCGUGGAAGCGGCGGAAGCAGCAGCGCAACUUCGGGCUUACGGCGCGACGCGAAUUCCGACUUAAGGGGAGACGCGCAAAGCGGUCGUAGCGGCCGGAGCGGCGGCUCGAGCCGUCCGCGCGACGGCGAGUGGCAGCGCGACAAGAAGGGCCGCGGGGGGCAGUGGCGGCUGCGCCGGCUGCAUGGGGAAGAGGGGAAGGGGAAGACGGGCGCGGGAAAGACGUCUGUCGUCCCCGCUGCUACAACCGUCCCUGCUUCUACAACCUCCCCUGCUGCUACAGCCGUCCCUGCUGCUCCUGCUCCUCCUGCUGCUGCGCCCGUUCCUAAGCAGUCCCUCCCUGUCUCCGCUGCCGCCACUGCUUCCACCCCUGUUUCCGCUUCCGCUCCUGCCUCCGCCUCCGCCCCUGUAUCCGCUUCCGCCGCUGUCUCCGCUUCCCCCCCUGUUUCCACCUCCGCCCCUGCCUCUGCCUCCGCCCCUGCCUCUGCCUCCGCCCCUGCCUCUGCCUCCGCCCCUGCCUCUGCCUCCGCCCCUGCCUCUGCCUCCGCCCCUGCCUCUGCCUCCGCCCCUGCCUCUGCCUCCGCCCCUGCCUCUGCCUCCGCCCCUGCCUCUGCCUCCGCCCCUGCCUCUGCCUCCGCCCCUGCCCCUGUCCCUCCCCCUGACUCGAUCCCUCUCAACUCCUCCGUCCUUCCUACUGCCUCAACUGAGGCCAUCAAGGAAGCUUCCUCUGCCACGUUGGGUCAAGGGAGUCAACGCAGUCAAGAGGUGCCACGUGGCGAAGGGCUAGUGGCUGAGGUCGCGACGCCAGCAGGAGGGGUUGCCGGGCCGAAAGGAGGCGAGAUUUGGAAUUCCCCGUUGCCAGCUGGCGGGUGGCUGUGGGCGGCUGGUUUUGUCGUUACUGCUGCUACAGUGGCGUGGAUCGGAAAACGUGCGGGCGGCAAGGCAGAGAAAAAGGAAGAGGGGCUGCAGGAGCAGGGGAAAGGGCUUGUAACAAGUAAGGAGGCUGGUAAUAAGGAGGAUGGAAUAGAUUGGAAGGAUUGGGAGAAAAAGAAGAUGAAAGAGAAGAAAGUGGAAGGGUGGAGGAGGAGGGCUGAACAGGAGCGGAUGGAGAGAGAGAGAGCAGAGAGAAUCAAGGGGAAAUGGGCGGAAGAGGAGGCGGUUGAGAGCGGUGGAGAGGAGUUAAGAGGGAUUGGCGGGCGCGAGGUGAGGGAUUGGGAGGAUGGGAGGGGAAGGGGAGAAGCAGGGCUUGGGGUUUAUGAGGAAGGGACGAGGGAGGUGAGGGGGAUUAACGGGAAGGUGAAUGGGGUGACUGGAGGGGAAAGAGGCGGGGAAGUGGAUGUGCUAGUAGGGGGGGAUUGGGAGGGUGUGGGGAUCAGGGGAAGGGGAGAGGGGGCGUGGGGGGACGGGAGAGGGGGUGCUGUGGUGGAUAUUAGUGCAGAGGUAAGAGAGAGGAGGGAGGAGAGGGAGGGAGAAUCAGAGGAGAAGGGAGAGGAAGGCGAGAAAGGCGGGAAGGGCGAGGAGGGAGAGCGGGGAGAAAAGGGAGAGGAGCAGCAGGAGCAACAGGAAGGGGAAAGAGAGGAACAGAGGCGACAGGCAGCAAUGGCUGAGAUCCGCCGGAGUGCAGACUUAGUCAGGCGGCAGGAGAGGGAGGAGAGGGAGGAGAAGGAGAGAGCGCGGAAGGUGAGUGCUGAGAUGCAGAGGCUGCUGGUGGAGAGAAGGCGGCGGGGUGAGGUGGUGACGCAGCAGGUGUUGGAUGCGGUGUGGGAGGAGGCGUGUGCGGUUGUGCUGGGUGGGAAGCUGGGAGGAGCGGGAGGGGAUGCGGCGGGUACAGCUGUAGCAGCCAGCGCCUCUGCUGGCAAGAAUGAUGAUGUUGUGAUGGGUGAAGAAGCGGGGAGGGGGGGAGCAGCAGCAGCAGACGGUGCUAAAAAUGGGGGAGAAGGGGGCAGGGGCCAAAGGGAAGGAGGCACGCAAGAGUGGGAGGUAGAGGGGCAGAGGGAGAGCAAUGUGCAGAUGGGACUGGGCAGGCAGCACUGGGAGCUGGAGGACGCAAAGAGAAGAGUGAGACAGCGAGCAGCGGCAGCAGCUGCUGCUGCAGCGGCUGCUGGGGCUGCUGGUGCUGCUGCUGCUUCUUCUACGGCUGGUGCGGCUGUGUGGUGGGUGGAAGAUGAGCAGCUGGUGACCCUGGUGGCGCGGGUGAUGCUGAACGAUGAAGGCGGGAGAGACUCGAUGCACGGGCUGACUCAGGAAGAACAGGAGAUGUUCUUUGACGCGCUGAACUGGCUGUAUGGGGAGGAGAGUAACGGGGGUAAAGGGGAUGGCUAUAAGGAGGACGGCGUGUCUGAGCUGGUGGAGAAUCUGAACUACGGCCGAGACGGCAUCUCUGUGAGCGACCCGAUGGAUGUGGUGGUGCCGCGGAUGAGAGCAGGGGGUGGUGGGGUGAGAAAGGAGGGCAGCAAGGGGGACGAGGCUGCACCAGCGUCAGCGGCAGCAUCAGCACCAGCAGCAGCAUCGGCAGCAGCAGCAGCAGCAGCAGCAUCGGCAGCAGCAGCCAACAGCACUGCAGCAGCAGCGAAUGGCAUUGCAGCAACCAGUGGGCCUGUAGCAACUGAUGGCACUACAGACGAGCUGCUGGUGCAGGCAGUGUCACAGUACGUGAAUGCCCCUGAUGGGGGCACGUUCGUUGACGAUGGGGGUGCAGGGGAGAGCGAGAGUACGGCUGUGGGUGGUGAGAGUGGGGGAGGGGAGGGAGAGGAAGGAGGGGAGAUUGUGGUGGCGAGCGGUGGGAGUGGGAGAGGGGAAGGGGGAGAGAGUGUUGUGGUGAGCAGUGGGAGUGGGAGAGGGGAAUCGGGAGAGAGUGUAGUAGUGAGCUCUAGUAUAGGCAUGAUUGGUCGCCAGACCUGGUCGCUAGAGGAGACACAGGCAGGGAGGGCAGGCAGAGCGGUGGGGAGCGGUGACGAAGGGUGGAGCAACACAAAGCAGUGGGCAGAGGAUAUAAGGGCAAGGUAUGAAGAGGAGAGGGAUCCGGGUGUGAAGGAGGUGAUUCAGCAGCUAGGAAAAGACCUCCCCAGGUGGCUUUCAGAGGAAGAAAUUAAUUCUGCUCCAACUCUCUCACAGGUUGUGGCGGCAGGGAGGGAAGGGGGCGACCCGAAGCAGCGGGCAGCAGUGAAAAGUUUUCUCGAGAAGGUUCGGGAGGAGAAAGAGAGGUUUGGCGCGGAAGCUGUGGCGGAGAAGUAUUUGGAGCAGGCUCGGGAUGCGGAGGAGGAGGAGGCUCGGCGGAGAGGGGUGGUUCGGCCGGACCUGGACCGACUGUGGUGGCUUGACCUGCAGGCUGUGUGGGUCGUGAUGAUAAUGCGUUGGAGCAGCAGCAGCAGCAGCAGCGGUGGCGGCAGUGAGGGGCAGCGAGUGCAGAGGGUGCCUUACUCCUUCCAGCUCCCCCCUGAUUGGGGCUCUGCCACUGCCUACUCUACUGAGGGUGUUUAUAACGAGGAUACUGGUGGGACAGCUGGAGCAGCAGCAGCAGCAGCAGAGGACGCAUGGAUAGUGGUGGGGUUUGAAGACGUGGUGGAUGCAGCGCGGUUCAGUGAGGUGCUGAGGGUGUGGCUGCUGGCGCACCCAGAGGAGCUGGAAGGAGAGGAGGAGGGGGGUGAUGAGGAGGAGGAGAGAAUUGAGGCAGCUGCUGGUGUGGCUGUGGAGGUGAAAGCAGUUCCGUGUGCUCCCAAGGAGCUCUACUCAAGUGCCAAGGAAGCAGGCCAUCGCAUUCUCGUGGUGCAGCGGCAGCAGCUACAGCUGACAGCAAUUGACGAGCCUUUUCCGGACGUGCUGGCUCGGCUGUGUGAUGCUGCUGCUGCUGGGGAUGAUAAGAGGAGGGGGACAAGAGGGCCCGCCACGGUUGAUUUGGGACCGUUGAUUGCUCGUGCGGGGAAGAGGGGUGGAGAAUGGAGGCGUGGCUCGUUUGACGACGUGGCGGGUCUCCCUUGCAGUGACUUGAAGCACUUCACUCGAAUGCUGCACCGGGCAACAGGAGGAGGGGCAGGGGCGAUAGGUGGCCUGGUCGCGGGUCAGCCCGGCAGUGACAUGAAGCACUUCACUCGCGUGCUGCACCGCUCGACAGACGACGCUCUUAUGGAUGUCAUGCCGACGGUUCGGGUCAAGCCCCUGGACCCCACGUGUGACACGUGGUGCGAAUACCCUGUAGCUAGCCGCCCCUUUGCCAUCCAGCAGUGGCUGGAGUCGGGGGACGUGAAGGGCGAGUGGAUCUUCAUGAUCGAAACCGACUAUAUCUUUGUCAAGCCUGUAUCCAUCCCGCCGGCAGGCAGGGCGCUGGGGUUUCCCUUUGACUACAUCGCACCUCAAGACCCUGAACUCCGUCCCUUCAUGCGCAGGUAUUACCCGGAGCCAUACCGAAUCGAGGACGUCCCGAGGACUGGCAAUGCCCCGACCAUCAUGCGAUAUGAUGACAUGAUGCAAGUGGUGCCCAUAUGGGUGAACGUGACAGCAGGCAUCGAAGGGAACGCGGAAAGCAAGGAGCGGUUCGGGUGGGUGCGGGAGAUGUAUGCUUUCUCCAUCUCCCUUGCGCUUGCAGGGGUGAAGAUUGACCUGCCGCCCAUGCCGCACGCCAUCAUGAGCCAGCCUCCAGCUGACAAGGUGGUGGGUGAUGCUGCUCUGCUGCACUACACGUGGGGCAGUCAGAUCAAGGACUGGAGUGGCAACGUGGUCUGGGAGUUUGACAAGCGCAAGUUCACAGACAGAGGGCUGCCAGACCCAGUGCCUGAACCGCCAGAGGGGAAGGCAUCGGAGUCUCAGAAGGUGCUGGUGUCAAAAGUCAACGAGGCGAUUAACCAUCUGCCCAAAUACACGCUGAGGGAGCUGCGAGAGAUGGGGCGCAGCGAUGCAGAGAUUGGCGCCUAUGAGCGGGAGUGGCGGGCCAAGGGGUAUGCGGAGGGGACGAAAGGUGGGGAAGGAGGAGGAGGAGGAGGAGGAGGAGGAGGCGAGGGGGUGAAGCAGGAGCAGCAAGGGGGCGUGGGGCAAGCAGGGGGGGCGGGGCAAGUGAUAGGCGUGGCGCGAGGAGGGGUGGUGGAAGGAGGAGGUGUGUUGGUGAGAGGAGGAGCGGUGGCACAGCAGGAGGUGGCGAAGCCGGCGGUGGUGCCUGGGGAGAUGGAGAAGGGGAGCAUUCAUGCGAUGGUCACGAGUAACGGCAAUGCGUACAUGAACUGGCAGACGCUGCUCAUGUUCCACACGUACAAGAAGGUGGCAUCUGAGCCAGGCAGCAACCUGCGCUUCUUCACGCGCGUGCUGCAUCGCACCAAGGACGACGAGCUCAUGCACCUCGUGCCCACUGUGCGCGUGCGACCUCUCGAACCCAAGUGUGACGACUGGUGCGAGUACCCAGUCGCUGAUCGCCCCUUUGCCAUCCAGCAGUGGCUGGAGUCGGGGGAUGUGAAGGGGGACUGGAUCUUCAUGAUUGAAACGGACUACCUCUUUGUCAAGCCCGUCGCCAUCCCCCCAACAGGGCGCGCUUUGGGCUUCCCGUUUGGCUACAUCAUCCCCACCUACCCCUCCAUCCACCACAUCAUGAUUCGCUACUAUCCCGGAGAUCUAAAGGACAUUCCUCAGACAGGCAACGCACCAGUUCUCGCUCCCACUGCUGCUCUUGCACGUGUGGUGCCGAUAUGGGUGGACAUCACAGCCCGGUUCGAGAAGGACGAAGAGGCAAAGAAGGACCUGGGGUGGGUGCGAGAGAUGUAUGCUUUUUCCAUUGCUGCUGCUCUCGGCAACAUGCCCAUCGACCUGCCCCUCGUGCCACAUGCUAUUAUGGUGCAGGUAGUACUCCCAUCCCUUCCUUCCCAGUCUCCACCAGACUCCGUGCUGGUUGAUGCAGCCACCAUCUAUAACAUGUGGGAUUGA